CGAAGACUUUCAGGAAGAAGGCAAAUCAAAGAGGGUCCCAGGAAAUCUGUGAAGGUUGAAGAAAAUUCUUCUGUGAAUUUUUUAUAUUCAAGGAGGAAUCAGUACUUAACAUUCAUCUUUUAAACUGAGAAGACAUAUUUUAUUUUGAAACUUCUUGAGAUUUACAAUGAAUGGACACAGUGAUGAAGACAGUGUUAGAAACAGUAGUGGAGAGUCAAGCCAGUCGGAUGAUGAUUCUGGAUCAGCAUCACGCUCUGGAUCUGGUUCGAGUACUGGAAGCAGUAGUGAUGGGAGCAGUAGCCAGUCUGGUAGCAGUGACUCUGACUCUGGAUCUGACUCAGGUAGUCAAUCAGAGUCCGAGUCAGAUGCAUCCCAAGAGAAUAAAGUUCAAGCAAAACCACCGAAAGUUGAUGGAGCCGAGUUUUGGAAAUCUAGCCCUAGUAUUCUGGCAGUUCAGAGAUCUGCAAUACUCAAGCAGCAGCAACAACAGCAGCAGCAACAGCAACAUCUAGCCUCAUCUAAUAGUGGAUCAGAAGAGGAUUCUUCUAGCAGUGAUGAUUCUGAUGACUCAAGUGAUGUAAAAAGGAAAAAGCAUAAAGACGAGGAUUGGCAAAUGUCAGGAUCGGGAUCGCCAUCCCAGUCUGGUUCAGAUUCGGAGUCUGAAGAAGAAAGAGAUAAGAGCAGUUGCGAUGAAACUGAAUCCGAUUACGAGCCAAAGAACAAAGUAAAAAGCAGGAAACUGCAAAAUAGAUCUAAGUCAAAAAAUGGGAAAAAGAUACUUGGACAAAAAAAGAGACAAAUUGAUUCAUCUGAAGAAGAUGAGGAGGAGGAAGACUAUGAUAAUGAUAAGAGAAGUUCUCGUCGCCAGGCAACUGUCAAUGUGAGCUACAAGGAAGAUGAGGAAAUGAAAACAGAUUCCGAUGACCUACUAGAGGUCUGUGGAGAAGAUGUUCCCCAACCAGAGGAAGAGGAAUUUGAAACAAUAGAAAGGUUUAUGGAUUGUCGUAUUGGGAGAAAAGGAGCUACUGGUGCUACUACAACCAUCUAUGCAGUUGAAGCGGAUGGGGAUCCAAAUGCAGGAUUUGAAAAAAACAAGGAGUCAGGAGAGAUCCAGUAUUUAAUUAAAUGGAAAGGAUGGUCCCAUAUCCACAACACUUGGGAAACUGAAGAAACCCUUAAACAGCAGAAUGUUAGAGGAAUGAAAAAGUUGGAUAACUAUAAGAAAAAAGAUCAGGAAACAAAAAGAUGGUUGAAAAAUGCUUCCCCAGAAGAUGUGGAAUAUUAUAACUGCCAACAAGAGCUUACAGAUGAUCUACACAAGCAGUACCAGAUAGUGGAGCGUAUAAUUGCUCAUUCCAACCAGAAGUCAGCAGCUGGUUAUCCUGACUAUUAUUGCAAAUGGCAGGGCCUUCCAUACUCAGAAUGCAGCUGGGAAGAUGGAGCUCUCAUUUCCAAAAAAUUUCAGGCAUGCAUUGAUGAGUAUUUUAGCAGGAACCAGUCAAAAACCACUCCUUUUAAAGAUUGCAAAGUAUUAAAACAAAGACCAAGAUUUGUAGCCUUGAAGAAGCAGCCAUCGUAUAUUGGAGGACAUGAAAGUUUAGAAUUAAGAGAUUACCAACUCAAUGGUUUAAAUUGGCUUGCUCACUCUUGGUGCAAAGGAAAUAGUUGCAUACUUGCUGAUGAAAUGGGUCUUGGAAAAACGAUACAGACAAUCUCAUUUUUGAAUUACUUGUUUCACGAACAUCAAUUAUAUGGACCUUUUCUAUUAGUAGUACCAUUGUCCACUCUCACUUCUUGGCAAAGGGAGAUUCAGACAUGGGCUUCUCAGAUGAAUGCUGUUGUGUAUUUAGGGGACAUUAACAGCAGAAACAUGAUAAGAACUCAUGAAUGGAUGCAUCCCCAGACCAAACGGUUAAAAUUUAAUAUACUUCUAACAACUUAUGAAAUUUUAUUGAAGGAUAAGGCUUUUCUUGGUGGUCUGAAUUGGGCAUUCAUAGGUGUAGAUGAAGCACAUCGAUUAAAAAAUGAUGAUUCUCUUCUAUACAAAACAUUGAUAGAUUUUAAAUCUAAUCACCGCCUCCUUAUCACUGGAACUCCUUUACAGAACUCUCUCAAAGAGCUGUGGUCAUUGCUCCAUUUCAUUAUGCCAGAAAAGUUUUCUUCUUGGGAAGAUUUUGAAGAAGAACAUGGCAAAGGGAGAGAAUAUGGUUACGCAAGUCUUCACAAGGAGCUUGAGCCGUUUCUGUUACGCCGAGUUAAAAAAGAUGUAGAAAAAUCUCUUCCUGCCAAGGUUGAACAGAUUUUAAGAAUGGAAAUGAGUGCUUUACAGAAACAGUAUUAUAAGUGGAUUUUAACUAGGAAUUACAAAGCCCUCAGCAAAGGUUCCAAGGGCAGUACCUCAGGCUUUUUGAACAUUAUGAUGGAGCUAAAGAAAUGUUGUAACCAUUGCUACCUCAUUAAACCACCAGAUAAUAAUGAAUUCUAUAAUAAACAGGAGGCCUUACAACACUUAAUCCGUAGUAGUGGAAAAUUAAUUCUGCUUGACAAGCUGUUAAUUCGUCUAAGGGAAAGAGGCAACCGAGUUCUCAUUUUUUCUCAAAUGGUGCGGAUGUUAGAUAUACUUGCAGAAUAUUUGAAAUAUCGUCAAUUUCCCUUUCAGAGAUUAGAUGGAUCCAUUAAAGGGGAGCUGCGGAAACAAGCUCUAGAUCAUUUUAAUGCUGAGGGAUCAGAGGAUUUCUGCUUUUUGCUUUCUACAAGAGCUGGAGGUUUAGGCAUUAAUUUAGCCUCUGCUGACACUGUUGUUAUUUUUGAUUCUGAUUGGAAUCCACAAAAUGAUCUUCAGGCACAGGCAAGAGCCCAUCGAAUUGGACAAAAGAAACAGGUGAAUAUAUAUCGUCUAGUUACAAAGGGAUCAGUUGAAGAAGAUAUUCUUGAAAGGGCCAAAAAGAAGAUGGUUUUAGAUCAUCUUGUGAUUCAAAGAAUGGACACAACUGGGAAGACAGUACUGCAUACAGGUUCUGCUCCAUCAAGUUCUACGCCUUUCAAUAAAGAAGAAUUAUCAGCUAUUUUAAAGUUUGGUGCUGAGGAACUUUUUAAGGAACCUGAAGGAGAAGAACAAGAACCCCAGGAAAUGGAUAUAGAUGAAAUUUUGAAGAGGGCUGAAACUCAUGAAAAUGAACCAGGCCCUUUAACUGUAGGAGAUGAAUUGCUUUCCCAGUUCAAGGUUGCCAACUUUGCAAAUAUGGAUGAGGAUGACAUUGAAUUGGAACCUGAAAGAAAUUCAAAGAAUUGGGAAGAAAUCAUUCCAGAAGAUCAAAGAAGACGAUUAGAAGAGGAAGAAAGGCAAAAGGAACUUGAGGAAAUAUAUAUGCUUCCAAGAAUGAGAAACUGUGCAAAACAGAUUAGUUUCAAUGGAAGUGAAGGGAGGCGCAGUAGAAGUAGGAGAUACUCUGGGUCUGAUAGUGAUUCAGUCUCAGAAGGGAAGAGGCCAAAAAAACGAGGAAGACCACGCACCAUCCCUCGGGAAAAUAUUAAAGGAUUUAGUGAUGCAGAAAUUAGGCGGUUUAUCAAGAGCUAUAAGAAAUUUGGUGGCCCUCUGGAAAGAUUAGAUGCAAUUGCUCGAGAUGCUGAAUUAGUUGAUAAGUCAGAAACAGACCUCAGACGACUGGGAGAAUUGGUGCAUAAUGGUUGCAUUAAAGCUUUGAAGGAUAGUUCUUCAGGAACAGAACGAACAGGUGGUAGACUAGGGAAAGUAAAGGGGCCAACAUUCCGAAUAUCAGGAGUACAAGUGAAUGCCAAGCUAGUCAUUUCCCAUGAAGAAGAAUUAAUACCUUUGCAUAAAUCCAUUCCUUCAGACCCAGAAGAAAGAAAACAGUAUACAAUCCCGUGUUACACAAAACCAGCUCAUUUUGAUAUAGACUGGGGCAAAGAAGAUGAUUCCAACUUAUUAAUUGGUAUUUAUGAAUAUGGAUAUGGAAGCUGGGAAAUGAUUAAAAUGGAUCCAGACCUCAGUCUAACACAUAAGAUUCUUCCAGAUGAUCCUGAUAAAAAGCCACAAGCAAAACAAUUGCAGACACGUGCAGACUACCUCAUCAAGUUACUUAGUAGAGAUCUUGCAAAAAAGGAAGCUCUGAGACUUUCUGGUGCAGGUGGCUUAAAGAGAAGAAAAGGAAGAGUUAAGAAAAAUAAAGCAAUGAAGUCCAUAAAAGUGAAAGAAGAGAUAAAGAGUGAUUCUUCUCCCCUGCCUUCAGAGAAGUCUGAUGAAGAUGAUGAGAAGUUGAGUGAAUCUAAGUCUGAAAGUAAAGAAAGAUCAAAAAAAUCUUCAAUAUUAGAUACUCCAGUUCACAUAACUGCAAGUGGUGAGCCAGUUCCCAUAUCUGAAGAGUCUGAAGAGCUGGAUCAGAAGACAUUCAGCAUUUGUAAAGAGAGAAUGAGGCCUGUGAAAGCAGCUCUGAAACAACUUGAUAGGCCUGAGAAAGGCCUUUCAGAAAGAGAGCAGCUGGAACAUACUAGACAGUGUUUAAUAAAAAUUGGAGACCAUAUCACAGAAUGUCUGAAAGAGUAUACAAAUCCUGAACAAAUUAAGCAGUGGAGAAAAAACCUGUGGAUUUUUGUGUCUAAAUUUACUGAGUUUGAUGCAAGAAAAUUGCAUAAGUUAUAUAAACAUGCUAUUAAAAAACGACAAGAAACUCAGCAAAACAGUGACCAGAACAGCAAUUUGAAUGCCCACGUGAUUAGAAAUCCAGAUGUGGAAAGAUUAAAAGAGAAUUCAAAUCAUGAUGAUAGCAGCAGGGACAGUUACUCUUCUGACAGACAUUUGUCUCAGUACCAUGACCAUCAUAAAGACCGCCAUCAGGGAGAUUCUUACAAAAAGAGUGAUUCCAGAAAAAGACCUUAUUCUUCAUUUAGUAAUGGUAAAGAUCAUCGAGAGUGGGAUCACUACAAGCAAGACAGCAGAUAUUACAGUGACCGAGAGAAACACAGAAAACUGGAUGAUCAUAGAAGUAGAGAUCACAGGUCAAAUUUGGAAGGAAGUUUAAAAGAUAGAUGUCAUUCUGAUCAUCGAUCUCAUUCAGACCAUCGGGUACAUUCAGAUCACCGGUCAAGCUCUGAAUAUACACACCAUAAAUCUUCCAGGGAUUAUAGAUAUCACUCGGAGUGGCAAAUGGACCACAGAGCUUCCAGUAGUGGCCCUAGGUCACCACUAGAUCAGAGGUCUCCUUAUGGCUCCAGAUCUCCAUUUGAACAUUCAGUUGAACACAAAAGUACACCUGAGCAUACCUGGAGUAAUCGGAAAACAUAACAAAAACUAAUGCUUUGUCUUUCUGGACUUAUCUUUUAGCCAUAUAUCAUAAACCAACACAGUAAUUGCCUUACAUGACUUGAAAGAUAUAAACAGAUCUUCUAUCAGUAGCAGUAUUGUUACUUCUUUCCAGGAUGCAAGAUCUAUUAUCCCAACAGAAGAGAAACUAUUUUUAUAUUUAAGGAUUAUGCUGCACUGUACUACAAAUAUUGUAGUACUUUUUUUUUUUUUUUUUUCUUUUUUAAAGAAAUGGAAAAUGUUUACUAUAACAGGGACCUCAACACUGCCCUCCCAUAUAGGCUGGAUAAAACUUUUUUAAGUCAGUUAUUUUAGACUGACCUCCAUUUAAAUUAUGUUUGUAUAUGAACUUUACUCUGACCUGUGAUCAUGUUUCAGGAAGGAAUGAAAGAGAGUUCUUUUCUUAAUAAAGAAAAAAGGCUCAAGGACUUUGUUCACUUUCCAAAGCUACUUGUUUACAUUGUACACUGCGACCACCUUGCCGCUUUUCAUCACAAGCUUGAAUAUUUAAAUUCUGUACUUAUAUCUGUAAUAUAGCCAGGAAUUUCCUGUUUGUGAUUUAUUAUGCCUUUUUAUAUAAAAAAUGGCUGUAAAUUAUUGUAAAUGUAUUAAAUGAGCUUUCCUUACUUUCUCCCUCAGGCUUUUUUUGACUGUUCCUUUCUCUACCAACUCAGGCCUUCUUAUAAAAAAAAAAAAAAUCAGUCUAAUAACAUUUUUUAAUCUGUCUUGAUGGAAUUGUUGUUUAGAAUGUAAAAAUGGGGAAAGGGGCCACUUAUUUCCAUUAGUCCUUUUUAUAUUGAAUACUUUAUUAGCUACAUGUUAUUCCUCUCCCCUUUUUUAGUCAAUAUUAUGUUUGUAGUAAAAGAAAAAAUGGUGAGAUAAUACAGAAAGUCUAAACUGUGUUCUGGAAACAUUUUUUCAGAUGCAUUUGGUUUAAAAGGGUAGGUAUAUGACACUCAGAAUCCAAACGGCCAAAAGUUACUGUAAAUCCAUUUGUUUUCCCUUUUCAUGUGGGCAAUAAUGUCAAAUGUGCUAUGCAGCCAGGUUAACAUUUUAGACAAACUUGAUUGACUUUUAAUAUAAACUGUUACAAUGCACACUGAUUGUAUAUAAAAACCUUAUAUAUGACAAAUUAAAUUUAAGAAAAAGGAUUUAUGGGCUCUUGUAGUUUUCUGCUGCAUUCUUAUUCCUUCAAGCACUUAAUUUUGUUUCUGGUUUUUUGGUUUUUUUUUAACAUUGAACAGUAAAAAGAUAAUUUGGUAAAUGAUUAAAUAUUGGCAGUGUAGUACUACAAUUAAAAUCUAUUUUGAAAACUAAUCUUCCUAGGAAGUAAAAGGUCUUCAAAUCUUUGUACCCUUUGGCUUCCUGAAGCUAUUUUAGUGUGCCUUGCUUUCAUAGGUUUAUUUUUAUUAUAUUCAUUGAGAAUAUUUGAAGCAUGUGACAUGCAUUUUUAGUAUGCUUGUUAUGAAACAAAUUUUAAUUGUAUUCUGACAAUUAUGGAUAUAUUCCUGUGCUUCUAUACAUAACUCCACUAAUGAGCUGUGGAAGCAGUGUAUUAAAAUUCACCCAUAAAUUUAUUUAUUAUUUUCCUUUUAUUCGUUUAUGUCUAAAUUUUACACUUUGUACAAAAGUUUCCUAGGUUUUUAUUUUUUUCUUACAUUUAUUUAUAUGUUUUUUUAUACUCUGAAGAAUAAUGAUGUUUCUUUCCUGGUAUAUAAGAUCACAUGUAAAGGAAUAACCCUAUUUUUUUU